CUGCCUUGCCCUGUUCUUCGUCCUGGUCUUGUAGGUAGUACACUCCUCCCUCCACCCCAUCCUAUCUGUUCACCCGCACAUAACCGUCGCACAACAUCCAGCCUGCCAGCCAAUCACGCCCAUGCACGUAAUGUCGCGUACACAGCAUCGGCACUCCAUCAGUUCACCGCAACGUCAUCUCCAUCAGUUCACCACGCCGCAUUGCCCACCAAACUACAUCACAUCAUGCAAGCCAUCUCGCAGUCCACCUAGCCCCAUCUCAUCCCAUCCCAUCCCUCCAGUUCAAUCCAGUCCAGUCUAGUCCAAUCCAAUCCAAUCCAAUCCCUCGUACACGAUGCCAUGCCAUGCCA